AAAAAGGGAAAAAAUUAAAUAAAAAAACAAAGCAUUUUUUUCUUCUUCUCUUUUUUUUUCUCUAUACCCCUGUGGUAUACACAUCAACAAUAACAGAAGAAGAACAUCACAUUUGGGGAAUUUAUUCGAUCGCUCACUUGGGUUGUUAGAUUCUUCUAAUACCCAUCUUCCUGGGUUAAUUAACAUUUAAUUUUGAAAGUACUUUGCUGUUUUAAUUUUGUAUAAACAACUUGGAAUUUUAUAUUAUAUACCUAGAUGAUCAACAAGUUCAAUGGUAGUUUAUGAUUUUGAAGGUUGGAUAGGUUACUGUGAAAUUCCUUUCAGGGUUUUUCUGAGUAAUUUAAUGGGUCGAAGUUGGAUGUUUGAAUUGUGACUGGUAUGUUGGAUUUUAGGAUAGGUGGUUAGGGUUAAGGGUUUUGGGGCUAAAAAGUUGGGGGAAUUUUGGGGUUAGGGUUGUUAUUUAUGAGUUGGGGAAAUAGUAGGGUGGAGAUGAUGGAAGAACUUGAACUUGAAGAAGGAGAAGCAUGUCACUACAAAGAUGCUGAGGAUACAAGCAUUGACCCUGACAUAGCCCUCUCUUACAUUGAUGAGAAGCUUCAAAGUGUCUUGGGUCAUUUUCAGAAAGAUUUUGAAGGAGGCGUUUCUUCUGAGAAUUUGGGGGCAAAAUUUGGUGGGUAUGGUUCAUUUUUACAGACUUUUCAGCCCUCCCCUUCAAUUCUAUCUCAGCCAAGAACUCCACAGAUAUCUCAAACUCAAGGCCAAUCAAGAUCACCUAACUAUUUUCCCUCUGAGGGACCUCCUCAGAACUCAAUGCCUGUGUCUGAUCCUCCUUCAACUCGGAGGAAUGGUACAGCUGGUUCUCGCGAUGGUCAUACCUUGCAUGAUUCAAGGGUGUUUUGUGGGGAUGAUUCCACAAGACAAGAUUCAUGCUUUUCUGCUCAAGAAUCUAAUAAGUUCCCUGCAAAACAUGAAGUUUCUAUGAUUAAGUCACGUAAUCCCACUGAUCAGAGAACACUCAAACUUCGGAUUAGGGUUGGUUCUGAUAAGACAACUCAGAAAAGUACUGCUUUACACACUAGUCUUGGGCUUAUCUCUCCCUCUUCAUCACCGGAAAAUAGUCCUACUGAGAGUGCUGGAAUGUUGUCCAAGUUUCAAGAAAUUCACAGUGAUUCUCCAGCCAGCAUCCUUCAGACUAUGACUUCUUUCCCAGUUGCUGGAAGUGUGCUGCUUUCACCUCUCCAUGAGAAAUUAUUGACUUUGUCAAGAAAUGAAAAACUUUUUGAAGAGAAUGAGCAUGCGGCUACCGCAAAGGAUGCUAAUCCUCAAUCUGUCAUGUCUGCCAAUAGUUCAACUGCCAGGCUGGAAGAUGGAGAUUUCUUGAUCAGGAAGAAAACUAACUCAGGUGGUAAAAGUGAAUUUGUCGAGGAACCGAAUUCAGAGGUCAGAAAUGACACGAUGUCCUUGUUUCAGAAGAACUUGGGAAUUGAGAGCUUGGAAAACAGGCGUUGCUUCUCAAAUGACGUUAAUCAAAGAGUCAUGCCUGAUAUAGUAUGUGAUACUCAUGAAUCAGUGAAAGGUGCUGGUGGGGCACCUGAUGCUAAAAAAAUCACAGAGAAGGAAGUUCCUAUGAAGAAAAGGGAGAUCAAUCGACUUAAAGAUGAAUUGUUUGGUAGUGAUUUGGAUAAGGAUGACUCGGUGGAAUCUUUAUCUGACCUAAGCGGUGACAAAGAUGAACACCAAGAAGUAAGAAGUAGAUCAGUGGAACUCCAGUUAAAAAGUUUUCAGACAAAUGCUUCUGUUGAUAGCAUGGAAGGUGGCAGGAGCAAAUGCAGCAGAUCAGUCCCUUCAUUUAGAGCUGAUUCUGAUAUAUCCGAGAGUGAAAGGGAUUCUAGUGGGGCUUUCUCUCUGAGAAAGAAAGCUGUUAUGAAAGCUGCAAGCCAUAAACCUGACCAACCAAGGAUGCCUCACACGGAGAAGCAAUUAUCUGAAGGCAAAAAGAAAUUAGCAGAACAUCAACGUAGUUUGAAGCCAGCUGCAGAUGUGGCAGAGGUUAAAGGGGUUUCUGCUACUCUCAAAAACAAGAAGAGUUCUAAGAAGGAUGUCCCGGUGGCUCAUGUAUUUGAUGCACAGUUGGAAAAACCCACAAAUCAACUGGAUUCUCUGGGUAGACCUCCAAGUGAUAAGUUGAAGAAAUCUAAACUGGAGGCACGUAAAGGACAACAUGCAUCUUCUGCUAAAUCAAAACAGAUGCCAAACAAAAAAGUUGAUAGUCAUGUGGCAUGUGCAACCCCUAUGAAGGAUCCUUCAGCCGUGGGCAUACAGGGUGCGAAAGAGCUGACAUCUGGAGCUGAGCCAGCAGUUGAAGCUGUCGUUAUUGAAGAAGAUUGGGUUGCCUGUGAUAAAUGUGAGAAGUGGCGUCUUCUUCCAUAUGGUACAAAACCCGAGCAACUGCCUGAGAGGUGGAUGUGCAGUAUGUUAUACUGGCUGCCUGGAAUGAACCACUGUGACAUUAGUGAGGAAGAAACAACAAGAGCUCUUCAUGCCCUGUACCAAAUGCCCCUCCCUGAUAACCUAAAUGGCCUUCAAAAUCAUGCUGGUCGAAGUGCCUCUGGAGUAAUUUCAGCUGAUAUGCAUGGGCUCGGCAGUAACAGUCAGAUUGCGGGUUUUUACAUGGCUAAUGGAGGAAAGAAGAAACAUAAAUUAAGAGAAACACCAAACACAACCAGCAAUCAUGGUCCAAUGUUGACCACAAACUCAAACUUGCAGCAUGAGCUGAUCAAAAGCAGAAGUUUGAAGAAUGUGAACCAACCUAUAGCUGAAUCAAAUUCAAUUAGCAAAUCCAGUGCACAGAUUCCAGUUAAGUCGUCUGAUGUCCUUGGCAAACAUUUGAACACACCGAAGGAGCGCAUGGCUAAUGGUGGUGAAAAGCCAAAAAAGAAAUCGAAAAGGGAAUCCGAUCAAUAUGAUCAAAGGGAUCUGAAAAAAUUAAAAAUCAAAAGUGACCAGGCGUUUGUGGCUACUAAGGAAGUUGUGACGGGUAUCCAGGACUACCAUGAACGUGGUGAUUUGAAGGAGACAAUGCCCGGGCUGGCAGAAAGGUCACAAAUUUUGGAAAAGAAGCAUGGCAACCGAGUCCGGGAUUCAAGGGAUAGUGGCUCGAUUGACUUAAAAACUAAUAUUGGAAGAGAAAUUUCUGUAAAGAAAAGAAAAUUGAGGGAUCAAGGCUAUAUAAUGAAUUCACAAAGUAAUGGUAAUCAAUUGGGCGACAGUGAUGGCAAUGCACUUGUGGGAGAGGUUAGUGGUGAAAGUGGUUUCAGAAAACAGAAGAAACCCAAGGUGUUUUAUUCUGAGAAAAAGGAGUCCAGUACAUGCAAGGGUGAAGAGAAAUCAUCAAGAAUAAGAGCUACAAUUACUAAAAUUGUUCUACCAGGAACCAGGGAUUUUCCUAGAGACAGAAGUGUAGAAAGAGAGCAUCAGACUAAAAAGCCUAGAGUGAAGGUUCAGUCAAGAUUGACGAUGGAAGAUAUUGAUUCAUUGAAAAAGGACUUGGGAUCUGAACAGUUAUCAACGGCUGCCACUUCAAGCUCUUCAAAAGUUUCCGAUUCCCGGAAACGUAGAGCAAAUCACCAAGUGAAAGGCUCACCUGUAGGGUCCGUUUCCUCAUCUCCCCUGAGGAUGUUCAUCACGAGUAAGGCUUCACCUGCAAGAAGGGAUAGUUCAGGGAGAGAUGAUGCUCCAUUGGAUGAUGUUGGAUGUUCAAGAAAAUAUUUGGAUGGGGAUGGCGGUUUUGAGAGUGAUAAAUCUAGGAUCUUGAUAAAGGGAAAAAGACCAGGUGUUCCUCAUCCGGAGGUUUAUGAAAGUUCUUUGCUAGAUUUCCGGGGUACCGAUGCCAGGGAAAAAAUUGAAUCAUGUGUUGUACAUUCUUCUGAGGUUGGAAAUAGCCAUAUGGGUAAUAGUAAUGUUGAUGUUCUGGAGGAAUGUAGCCCCUAUAUGACUGAGAAACAUGCUGCAUAUUGCUCUGAUGGCAACGGUAGAGUGAGCAAGAAACAUGUUUCUAUGCUUAACGAACAUAAAUCUGUCAAAAAUUCUUCUUUUCAAUGUAAGGUGAAAGGCGGGAAUGCUGGUUUUAAUACUCAAAGGGUAGAAGAGAAUAUAUCUGGUCAACUGGGCAGCAAGGAAGUCCUGAAUUCAAAGAUUGACCAUAAUAAUCUUGACUCUAGUACGAAAUCUGUAAAAAACAAUCAGAAAAUUAAUAACAAAGAUCCUACACAUUGUAGUGGUAGCAGGAAAGAGCACCGAUUGAAGCAUGAUUGUAUUGGGUCAACUACAAAGUUGAAUAGUGUGUGCGACAUGGAAGGAAAAGUUCUUACAAAGCAAAAAGCUCAUCAAGAAAUUGAUGCUCGAAUUGCAACAAAUGGUAGAUCAACACAGACAGAAUCCAGGGAUCCAAGGUCACAAGUUGGUGUACAUACUGAAGAUAAAUUAGGCACAUCAGUUAUUAAGAGCAAACCUGCUUCAGGUUCCCAGAAAGGAAGUUUUAAAGAUGUAGGUAUGGCUAAUACUUCUGUAAGUGCCAGAGUGUCAAGUAUGCUAAAAGAUCCUGGCAUCGGUAUGUGUCAAAAUGUGAGUCACAACAACAUGGGGCAUUUGGAGCCUGAUCAUUGUGCGGUGCAGGAAUCCAGUGGUCCCACCCCCUCAAAAAGGGAGACCUCUAGUCAGACUGCUUCUAUUGUCUUGAGAAAAGCUGAAGAGCUUAGAGAUUUUGCUGAUCGUCUUAAGAACUCUGGAUUGCAUGAUGAUUAUAAUCAAGCUUAUUUCCAAGCAGCAUUAAAGUUUCUUCAGGGUGCUUCGCUUUUAGAAAGCUCAAAUGCGGAAAGUAGUAAAUCCGGGGAGAUGAAUCAAUUACAAAUCUAUAAUAUCACAGCCAAACUUUGCGAAACUUGUGCACUUGAAUAUGAGAAACGCGAUGAAACUGCCACUGCUGCUUUGGCCUAUAAGUGUAUGGAGGUUGCAUACAUGAGGGUGGUAUACUGCAAAAAUAUGAGUUUGAGUAGAAUUUGGCAUGAUCUGCAAGCAAGUUUGCAAGUUCCCCCUCAAGGUGAAUCUCCUUCAUCUUCCGCAUCUGAUGUUGACAACACACACAAUCAAACAGUGGCAGAGAAAACUGCUUUAUCUAGAGGCAGUGGUUCUAAUGCUGGAAGUCAUGUCAUUGCUCCUCGAAACCGUCCUAGUUUUGUUCGUCUGCUUGACCUUACAAAGGAUGUAAAUUCUGCAAUGGAGGCAUCUAGGAAAGCACAGAAUGCUUUUGCAGCUGCCACAAACCUUGAAGAGGCAGAGAACAAAGACGCUUUCAUUUCCGUUAAACGGGUAAUUGACUUCAGUUUCCAGGAUGUAGAGGAGCUAAUACAUUUGGUGGAGCAAGCUAUCGAGGCAAUUAACCAUAAUGGUUUUGGUGGCGGUAGAGGAUAAAUCAAUCCUGUAUUUAAUGUGCUUCUCCCAUCAGAAGCAGGCCCUUGGAUAUGGGAAGGAGUGAUGACCUGCAUUGCAAUUUGGUGAAGAGGCAUGCUGUUACGUGUGUUAUAUUCCUGUACAUGUGUACAAAGUGGGAUUGAUUUGCUAUUUCAUGAAAUUUUGAGAAUUCAACUUUUUGGUAUAUGAUAAGGGCACAAAUGCUCAACCUUAAAAUUUACAGGUUGGGAUGAGGUGUAUAAAGUUUCAACUCUUCAAGGAUUUCGGAGUUUACUUAAGAUCCAGUUUUGAAUAUUAGGUUCUUUUCUUGGGAAUAGAGAAACAUAGGAGUAUGGAUAUUGAGAGCAUUAGGUGACAUAUCUAAGUAGACAUGAGUUCCAAUGUAGUCCCAAUGUUUCAUCCUUUACUAGAGGACUUGGAUCCUUGGGUUGCCAUAUGGAACUUCAUUUUUUUCUAAUGGAACAUAAGGCACAAUUUUGGUGGAGGAAUUUAGUGAAAUUACUAUGUUAUCUUCCAUUAUUUCUUGUUA